AUGGCGGCGGGGACGGAGCUGUGCCCGCACUGCCAGCGCCCCUUCAAGCGGCUCCGCGCGCACCUCCCGCACUGCAAGGCCCGGCCACCGGCACCCGCACCGAGCCCAGGGCCCGGCCGAGCGUCAGGUGCGCGCCCGACCCCCGGCAGCGCACCGGGAUCGGCACCGGCAGCGACCCCCGAGCCCUCCCCCGGCACGGCCCCAGGGCCCCGGGCGGACCCCGGGAGCGGCCGAGGUGCGGGAUCCAGCCGAGGUUCGGGGCCCGGCAGCCCCAGGAGCCGCUCCCGAGCCGUGCAGGACGUGGCCCGGAGCCUGGAUUUGCACCCCGAGGAGGUGGAGGAUGUCCCCAAGAAGCUGCAGAAGGGGGUGAAGGUGGUGAUCGAGAAGCACCGCGCCAGGGUGCUCAGGGAGGAGCCCCGGAGCAGGGCAGGAGCGGCGGGGAGCGGCGGGGAAGGGACGGAGGAGCCCGGCCCUGCUGCCCCUCCUCAGCGCCACAAAACUGCCCUGAAAUCCAAGAGCGGGGAAGGGACGGAGCCCGGUCCUGCUGCCCCUCCUGCCCAGAAAUCCAAGAGCAAGGAGAGUCGGAGCCAGGGAGCCGUGGGGAGCGGGACUGGGAACGCCAAGGGAGAAAAAAGCGUUUUAAAGGCAACAAAGGCACUUGAAGAGCCCCCUGAGAACAGAAAUGGCCUGGUCCGCCAGGAGAGAAGAGACAAAUUCACGGCAGGAGAGGAGCUGGUGCACCUGGAAUUGGGGGUGGGAUCUGAACCCCCCGUGGCUGCUUUGCACCCCCAGAACCUCCCUGUGUCACUGCUGGAGGCACUCGGAGGUCACAGCCAGGGCACAUCCAGAAAUGAGCUCCCACAGAUGCUGCAGGACAGCAGGGAGGGGGUGCAGGGAGUGCCCGAGCUUGUGCUGAACCUGGGGAGAGCCCCAGGGCUGGCUCUGCUCCACACACCCCAAACCCAGCCCCCCUGCUCAGCCCAGACCUCUGGCAGGAGCACCAGGGCCAGGGGCUUGGAGUGGGUUCCAGAUUUGUACCCUGAUGGGGAAGGGCUGAGGAUUGUUCCAGGGGAGCGAUUCCACGAGGAUGUGAGGAGCAUGGCAGAGACACCCAGGGGUGGUUUCACACAGGGGCAACGAGGUCCCCUCUGGGAGAGGCCCCUGCUGGAGGUGAGGCUGGGGGAGCUGCACUCCUGGAUCAGCACCUGCAGCUUCUCUCCCCAGGGGCUGCUGGGGGCAGUGCAGAGAGCCUGGAACAGUUAUUGUGCCAAAUACAUCCACGUGAAGCAGGGGGGCCCUGCUGGAAUAUCCAUGCUCCUGGCUGGCUACUGCCUGCUCAGCUAUGGCUGGAACUAUCAGCACUUCAAGCGGCACCGCUGGCGAAAAUACCACUGAAGGAUCUGGAGCAGCAGCCAAGGAACAGCCACAGCUCUUGGAGAGGCAGCACAGCAGCCAGGACUGGGAUCCCAGCAGGA